UUUGAAAGCGAGAGAUGACCUGGAAGUAAAUAAACAUCACAUGUUGGUGCGUUUGAAAAUGUCGACCGACGGAGCAGCUAAAAGAAUCAACCCUGUGACUUCUCAGUGUGAGGAGCGCGUGGACUGGAAGAAAAGGAAAACAGAAGUAAAAGAAGCAAAGAAGCAAAGGAAAGCGGCCAAGCUGAUUAAUCAGUUGGAAAAGCAGAAAGAACAAGAGGCCCAAGAAAGAGCCGAACUAGAAAGAAGCCACAACAAAAAAGGUCGGGCAUACACAGUGAGCGUGGCCCUGCCGGGUUCUGUCCUGGACAACGCUCAGUCCACUGAACUACGUACAUACCUGGCCGGACAGAUUGCUCGAGCCUGCGUCGUGUUCUGUGUCGAUGAGAUCAUUGUGUUUGACGAGCAAGGGGACGAUGUCAAGAGCACUGAAGGAGAAUUUAACGGCGUGGGGAAGAAAGGGCAGGCUUGUAUUCAGCUCGCCAGAAUACUUCAGUACCUCGAAUGUCCUCAGUACCUACGCAAGUGGUUUUUCCCAAAACAUCAAGAUUUACAGUAUGCAGGUCUGCUCAACCCUUUAGACAGUCCUCACCACAUGAGGAUAGAUGAGGAGUCAGAAUACAGAGAAGGAAUUGUCCUCGACAGGCCAACCAAACAAGGUCAAGGUUCAUUAGUCAACUGUGGCAUGAGAAAGGAAGUUCGUAUUGAUAAACAGCUGCAGUCUGGACUCCGAGUCACAGUCCAGCUCAACGAGACGCAAAAUCAAGAAAGUAAAAUUUGUAAAGGUGUGGUGGUGGCUCCACAUGUGCCCAGAACUGAAGGAGGUCUCUACUGGGGUUACACUGUCCGCCUGGCGUCUUGUCUCAGUGCAGUUUUCACAGAAAGUCCGUAUAAAGAAGGAUACGAUCUGACUAUUGGCACAUCAGAGAGAGGCAGCGACAUGGACCAAACCACACUGUCGCCAUUCAAGCAUCUUGUGGUGGUGUUUGGGGGUCUUCAGGGAUUGGAGGCCAGUCUAGAUACGGACCAAAACCUGGAUGUGACUGACCCCAGUGUUUUAUUUGACAUUUACCUCAACACAUGUCCAGGUCAGGGCAGCAGGACCAUUCGCACAGAGGAGGCCAUCUUAAUUUCCAUGUCAGGCCUGAGACAGAAGAUCACAGCUGCUUUUCCAGAUGUUUCCACUGGCUGAUUGAAUAAUGAGUGAUGGAGGAACGUAAAUAAAGACAUGUUUGUAGAUGUUU